AUGUGUUCUAUCUACAUCUUCCAAUACGACUGCGGAUGCACCCAUCAAGAAGAUGGCAUAGUGCCCUGUGCUAAGCAGGGCACCAUAUUUUGCGACGGUGUCAAGGAGCAAUUCCGUCGACGGAUUGACGAACGAAUUCCUCAAGAGCCUGAAGCCAUCUAUAUUCGUUUCCUCGGCUGUCCCGAGUGA